AUUGGGUGUCACCUUCCCUCACUCCACUGUUGCCGCCAGUGCCAGUGCCAGUGCCAGUGCCAGUGCCAGUGCCAGUGCCUCUCGCUUGACAGCCGCCUCCAUCGCUUACCUUACAUGCACAUGACCUACGGUAUUUCACUUCAGCAACUCACCUACCUCCACCACCGAGAUUCACUUCAGUACCAUGGUCGCCGAAAGGCCUUCGACAGAGCAGCAUUGCUGCGGCAGAGAGAGGGAGAUGCUCCCAUUAUCGAGCUGUCACAUUCGAUGCUGUGUCCACGAUGAGCCUCUCAUCGUUGGCACAAUACGCAUGCUACCGGCGCGCUACCAACCAUAUCCUGCAUAUGUCUCGCAUAUCUCUGGCAUGUUGCGUGAUCCGGUAAACGAUUGAUGCCGGACCACCCUCUCGCUGAUACAUUCUCGCCUGCAAAUCCCGUCCGACUCCCUUUCAUCCCCGCCUCGCCGCGCCGCACGUUCUGAGCACCCUCGCCAUGAACACAUUGCACACUGCUCCUCUCGCAAUACCACUACCGGCCCUUCAAACCACUCUGCCGUCGUCCGGACAAUCAGCCAACCCGCAAGCAGACCCGGGGAACACGCCGAGACGGCCCUGCAGGCGAUGAACAGCCCUUGGAUAUGCUCUGCGCUGGCGAACGGGAAGCAGCAUAUCAAUGCUGAUGACAGGCACGAACCGAGCAAUCAGCUCUUUGCAGGGGCCGGACUGAACGCACAACACUGCACUCCGCGAUGCUCUUCUUGACAGGUCCGGAAGCUGUCGCCUCUUAGUGACAUGCUGGAUGGAGAUUAGCCACUCCGGCAGCCCGUGCCAGCUAUACUCCGUCCCGCGCGGAACACGCCAGUGUCCUCCUGUUCCACACGGUAGUCCUACAGGUCUAUGUGUCUGCAACACAUGACCGAGGCGCGGCACCUUCUGCCAGAUGUCUCCCGACAUUACCUGACGGCAAGUGUCAAACGCAUCGCCAGCACUGUUCGUGGGUGUUCGUGGGGUUUGGUGAUGAAACAUAAUGUACAAAGCACAGAGGACGCCCGUGGCAAAGCCCAGGCCUCUAACUCACUGUCUGUAUUUCGCUAGGAGGUUGGUUUGUUGCUUCUGUUCGCUUUUGCUUCACAUUGUCGGUGGCUGCUGUUUUGUCUUUUCUACUCGGUGGCCCAUUCCCACUUGCAUUUGCAUUGCCCCCAUCAGGCUCUUCACAAGAACGAACGAGAUCCGGAAAUCCGCCACAGAUCGUUUGAAGAACCGGGCUUCCACGCCCGCAGGCUGGACGCACUACCCUCGCCACCGCGACCCGCAUCGCAGACCGCACCAUUCAAUUCCACCUAGCGCAUAUCAAGCCACGACGUUCACUCACUCGUGCAUCAAGCAAGCUCCAGUCGCCGAGCGCGCUAGUAGCCGCACCAUCACCACCACUUUCACCGCCUUACUUGAUUCAUUGAACGAUAUUCCAGCUCGAACACCAGCGUUCCUGCCAAAUCCCAUCGGCAUAUACGUUCGCGUGCAUUCGAUCGGCAUUGAACCAAUUAGACGGACGUGCGGAACGCUAAAUUCAAGAGACUGCCCGCAACAUGGCCACCGCCAGCUUCGCCACCUACCACCCACACUACGCUGCCCGUCAAUUCAUGUCUCCGUCUUAUGGGCAGUCUCAGAGUGCGAGACAAUCUUACCCUCUAACACGCCACACAACAUCGAUGCCUCGCCCGGUGCGCGAGUCAACACCAGACGUAAUGAAUCACAGUCUCCAGACUCCCAGACCUGCCACUUCAACCAACUCCAGCUUUAGAAGCACCUUCUGCGAUGGUAGUAGCCAUUAUCUCGCGACACCACCAAGUGCCGUGAGCGAUCUCCCGGCAUUCGACCUCUUCUCAUGGCGUGACGCAAAAUUCGAGUUGCCACUUGACGAUCGCUAUGCAAACGUCAGUGCCCCAGAAUCCCCAAACAGUAUGUCGAAGGUCACUGGAAGCUGUCAGGAGCAGAACUUGUGGAUGAAUCAAGCCGGUACCACAUUCACCCCGUCUGCAGAACAUCAGCCCAUGAUCAAUCACGUCCCAAGAAACCUCCUUCUGCUGGACCCCGCCGAUUGUUACUCCGGAAGUGCCUCACACGGUGGCACGCCCACCGUGUCCGUCUCUAGUCGUAUCGACAACGUUUACACUACUCGCAGCCCUUCGCUUCUGGCUGUCGAAGUUGAUACCUCGGAGUACGACAUUGUGCAGCCCGAGCAGUGGAUGUACUCAGUCACCGAAUAUGAAGACGAUAAUGCUACUUCGCCAUCUUCCACCGAUACUCAUAGCAGCGGUCCACAGACGCCAGCGGAUGCUCAGCUCAGUGCUACAUUCUUCCCCUUUCAAAAUAGUCAGGCCUAUGAUGCACCUUCCUUCGAACAGGCUCAUUCUGACAUUACCACCUCCUUCGGUUCUCUCUCCUCCACCUCAUCUCUGCCUCGGUCGAUGAUUGAACAAGCUCAUUGUACAUCGACUGCUGCGUCCUUCGGCAAUUUGACCUUCGCCUCUGUCACUUCGCCGCAAGCAGAUUCAUGGCCUAUGCUUGAUGUACAUGCAUCAGGAAACUACGACCCUCAUACUCAUGGCGCGCAGAACGCAGGCCCCGGCGUCAUCUCCAGCUACGAGCGCUUCCAGGGCAUCCAGCCUACUGCUGUUCAAUCUGCCACUGUGCAGCCAGUCUUCCAGCCCGCGUUCGGCGGCCUUCAAGAGUUUGCUGAUGCUAGCUUAGAGGCCAGCCCUGAGGCCUGCAGCGAUGACGAAUCUGUGUCCGAAGUCGACGAUGGGUUCGGCGAGGAUAUGAAUGACCGAGCUCUCCACGAUGCUCAGGUGCGCCGCGAUCGCGACAAGUACCUGCUCAAGAUGAGACAUGAGGGCUUCUCUUAUAAAGAGAUCAAGAGGAGAGGAAACUUCCGCGAGGCGGAAUCCACUCUACGGGGUCGCGUGAGGGUCCUCACGAAGGACAAAGCCGAUCGUGUCCGUCGACCAGAGUGGACGGAAGACGAUCUCCGGAUUCUUCAUAGAGCUGUCACUCGAUUCUCGAGCGCUCGAGGUCGUAGUGGUGCUCGUGAUGGCGGUCGAUUGCCAUGGAAGAAGAUCAGUGACUACCUUGUGCAUAAUGGAAGCACAUACCACUUUGCAGCCGCUACCUGUGCUCGCAAGUGGAAGGAGCUGGAUUCCAGAUGACUUCAGCAUGACUCUACCGACCGUGCAUUUGUAGUGGUAUAAGGUAGCGCACAGUUGCCAUUGCACGAAUGGCUACCUCUGAGUAUAGCUUGGCUGAACAUCAUCGUCCGUUAAAUCUCAUCGAGAAUGAAGGGAGAAUAUACAUAGCUAUCAAGAACAAUACAG